CAGUGGUGGCGCGGCGGGUCAUGGUGGCCAGAAGCACAGAUAACCUGGAUGGUCCAGGGGAGGGGCCUGUACCACCAUUGCCCCCUUCAGGGGGUUCUAACGUGAAAGGGAAACCUGGAAAGAGGAUCUCCGCCCCUCGUGGCCCUUUUCCCCGGCUGGCUGACUGUGCCCACUUCCACUAUGAGAAUGUCGAUUUUGGCCACAUUCAGCUACUGCUAUCUCCAGAUCGAGAAGGCUCCAAUCUCCCUAGUGAUAAUGAGUUGGUGUUUGGGGUCCAGGUGACCUGUCAGGGCCGUUCCUGGCCUGUUCUCCGAAGCUAUGAGGAUUUCCGCUCCCUGGAUAGCCAUCUUCACCGGUGCAUCUUUGACCGUCGCUUCUCCCGCCUUCCAGAGCUACCGCCAGCUCCAGAGGGUUCCCGGAACCAGCUGCUGGUGCCAUUGCUGCUACAGUAUCUGGAUACUCUGUCUGGACUGGUAGACAGUAACCUCAACUGUGGCCCUGUGCUUACCUGGAUGGAACUGGAUAACCAUGGUCGGCGGCUGCUCCUCAGUGAGGAGGCCUCCCUGAACAUUCCUGCGGUGGCGGCAGCACAUGUGAUCAAGAGAUACACAGCCCAGGCUCCAGAUGAACUGUCCUUUGAGGUUGGUGACAUUGUCUCCGUGAUUGACAUGCCACCCACAGAGGACCGAAGCUGGUGGCGUGGGAAACAUGGAUUCCAGGUUGGUUUCUUCCCUAGUGAGUGUGUAGAGCUGUUUACCGAAAGACCAGGCCUGGGAGUCAAAGCUGAUCCCGAUGGCCCUACAUCCAGCAUCCCAGCUCCCUUAAGGGAGGGCCCUCCCUCUCUAACGUCAGCAGUGCCCCGGCCCCGAGGAAAACUUGCAGGCCUCCUCCGUUCUUUCAUUCGUUCUCGCCCAUCUCGUCAGCGGCUGAGGCAGAGGGGCAUCCUUCGGCAGCGUGUCUUUGGCUGUGAUCUUGGGGAGCAUCUCAGCAAUUCUGGCCAAGAUGUUCCCCAAGUCCUUCGCUGCUGCUCAGAGUUCAUUGAGGCCCAUGGGGUUGUCGAUGGAAUCUACCGGCUUUCAGGUGUUUCUUCCAAUAUCCAGAAACUAAGGCACGAAUUCGAUAGUGAGAGGGUCCCAGAGCUGAGUGGACCAGCCUUCCUCCAAGACAUCCACAGCGUCUCUUCCCUUUGCAAACUCUACUUUCGGGAGCUGCCUAACCCCCUGCUCACCUACCAACUCUAUGGAAAAUUCAGUGAGGCCAUGUCUGUGCCUGGAGAAGAGGAGCGCCUGGUUCGGGUUCAUGAUGUCAUCCAGCAACUGCCCCCACCUCAUUACCGGACCCUGGAGUACCUGCUUCGACACCUCUCCCGGAUGGCCCAGCACAGUGCGGACACCAGCAUGCAUGCCCGGAACCUAGCCAUUGUGUGGGCCCCCAACCUGCUUCGGUCCAUGGAGCUGGAGUCCGUAGGGCUUGGGGGAGCGGCUGCCUUCCGAGAGGUUCGAGUCCAAUCUGUUGUCGUCGAGUUUCUUCUCAGCCACGUGGAUGUUUUAUUCAGCGAUACGUUCGCCUCGGCAGGCCUAGAUCCUGCAGGUCGUUGUCUCCUCUCCAGGCCCAAGUCCCUGGUGGGCAGCGGACCCUCCACCCGCCUCCUGUCCCUAGAGGAGGCUCAGGCUCGGUCACAGGGUCGGCUAUCUGCACAGGGGGCCAAGGCCGCUCCUCCACCUGAAGACCGGAGGAAGGGGGUCAUUGGGGAGAAGUGGCGGAAACCAGGUGGCAGCAGCUGGAAGACCUUCUUUGCCCUGGGCAGGGGCCCCUCCUCAGUCCGAAAGAAACCCUUGCCCUGGCGUGGAGCUGGCCAAGGGUCCCAGCCACCCCAAGGUGGCCCAGCAGAAACCGCCCCACUUCGAUCAGCCAAGAGUGAGGAGUCACUGUCAUCCCAGGCCAGUGGAGCUGGCCUCCAGAGGCUGCACCGGCUGCGCCGGCCCCGCUCCAGCAGUGAUGCCUUCCCUGUGGCUCCAGGCCUGGCCGGCUCCUGUGAGAGCCUCUCUUCUAGCACCUCUUCAGCCUCCUCCACCACCACUUCCUCUGUGGGGAGUGGAGAGCUGGUGGGGUCCCCUCCACAUCGCGUUUCAGCCUGGCUGGAUGAUGGCGAUGACCUGGACUUCAGCCCCCCUAGGUGUCUGGAGGGGCUGAGGGGCCUCGACUUUGAUCCCCUCACUUUCCGAUGCAGCAGCCCUACCCCUGGGGACCCAGCCCCCCCUGCCAGUCCUGCCCCUCCAGCGCCUACAGGCUCUUUCAUCCACAAAGCCACUCCCCCAGCUCGGUCUCCUCGAGGCCCCAGGAGCCCUGCCCCACCCACUGCCCUGGAUAUCUCUGAGCCUGUGGCCGUCUCUGUGCCUCCUGCUGUCCUGGAACUGCUGGGAGGGGGUGCCCCAGCCACCCCUUCCCCUCCACCUGCCACCCCUGCUCCCCAGCUCAUCCCUCUACUGCUGCGCAGUGCUGAGACAGAGUUGAGUGACAGCUGCCAGAGGGAAAUCCGGAGUAAAUUGUCCUUAACCAGCCAGAAAGACCUUCAAGGUCCUGUGCCUGGGUUUGAGUCCCCACCGAUGCCCGUUCCCUUGUCUCUCCUUCGCCCUGGAGGGGCCCCUCCUCCGCCCCCCAAGAAUCCGGCUCGCCUGAUGGCCCUUGCUUUGGCUGAGCGAGCUCAGAGGGCAGCCCAGCGUCAGCGCCAACAGGAGAUGGGGGGUACAGUCCCACCCCUACCUCGCUCCCCUUUCCGGCGUUCCCUGUCCCUGGAAGGGGGUGGUGGGGAAACUCCAGGGGUGGGGGCCCCCAGGCCCCUCUACUCCAUGGUAAACCCCAGCCACCCAGCACCAGGGCCCCCCGCCUCCUUGCAGCGGCAGCAGAGUGAUGGGGGCCUGCUGCGCACACAAGUCUCUGGUCCUCCACGGAGGGAACGAAGAGCUCCUGCUCAGGUGCCUGCCUCCUUCUUCGCUGUGACCUCCCCCAGCCCCAAGGAGCGUCCCUCACCCUUCUCUGGCCCCCCCAAGCCGCCGCUUCAUUCCUUGGGUAUUCCUUCCUUCCGGUCUGGACCCCCACCCCCUACCCGGAGGACUCCACAUGGUCCCCCCUUGCCACCUGACAAGGGGGAAAAUCUGUACUACGAGAUCAGUGGGAGCGAGGGGCCUCCCUACCCAGGCCUGCCCCGGCCUUGGGCUCCCUUCCACCAGGCCCCAGAGGGGCUCAGUACUUCCUAUGGGAUUCGGGAACAGUCACCACCCCAGGGUCCCCCUGACUUCCUCUUCUGCUACCCCCCACCUCAGCCAUACUCCCCGGCCUUGCAGCCUUUUUCCCAACAUGGCCGCCUCUGCUACCACCCCCAAGAGUCCCGGCGUCACCCAGCCCAUCUGGAACCUGUCUAUGUCAACCUGCCCCUGGGUGGGGGUGGACCCUCCCCUACUUCCUCCUCUUGUUCUUCCUCCCCUCCUGCCCAUCCCCGAAGUCGCUCUGACCCUGGCCCCCCUGCCCCACGACUCCCCCACAAGCAGCGAUCACCUUGGGGGCCACGGCCCCCUCGACCCUGGGGGCCUCUAGAUCCCCUCCUCCUCUACCGGACACCCACCCAGGCCUAUGGGAAAGGAGGAGGGGAGGGUCCUCAUGGAGUCCAAUAUGGCAAUGUGGGGGAUGGACACGGAGAGGGGGCUGGCCCCCCACCCUCCUACCUGCCCCCAAGCUGGUCCCUCCAUGCUAAGGGCCAAACUCACAGCUACUGCUGAGUCUCCCAAUCUUUCUUUUGUAAAAUGGCCCCUUGAGUUGAUGAAUGGGAAUCCCGGGGCCCCAGCUGGGUGUGCCUGUUGAUGACUGAGGUCCCUCUCAAGAGUCGGACCCUAGUGCCAUCACUGGCCCUGGGGCCCCAAUUCAAUUCUCCCUCCAUUUUGUAAUUUUUCCCAAUUCCUCAAGUUUCUAACUUUGUAAACUGUUCCAAUGUGAUCUCAUAACCUGUAACCGUAGUUUCUCUCUGCUCCCCUCCCCACCCUGGGGUUUCUUGCACUAAUCUGGGGGAGGCUGAACAUGCAAACACUUCAUCUCCCCCCAACCUCCAGGGAUCCCCCAGCAUGUCCUGCUCCCCUCCCUGUAUGUGUGUGUCCAGAUGAGGGGCUUCAGGGGUGCGUGUGGGUGUGUGCGUGUCCCGGACGAGCCCCAAGCCUGACAGCUGUGUACUAAACACUUCAAAACAUUAACAGAAAUAAAAGUAAAAAUGAUCUGUG